AUGUCUUCCCCUCGUUCUCCCUCCCCGAACGAAAAGGCUGCAUCAUUCGACACCGAGAAACAGGUCCAAAAGAAACCAAAGAAGGGACUUUUCUCCAAGGGAAAAGCUCAGGAUGAGAAACUAGACGAGAAAGAUGUCGAGGGCGCGGUAGUAGAAACACAGUCUGCUGAGGUCGUCGUCCCAGUCUCGUUCUCCACCCUGUUCAGGUAUUCUACUCGUACAGAACUUGCCAUGAACGCGAUUGGCCUUGUUUGUGCAGCUGCAGCUGGUGCAGCGCAGCCUCUCAUGAGUUUGCUGUUUGGCAGGCUGACCGAGGACUUCGUCUCGUUUGCGACCGAUACAAUUAACUUUAACAAUGCGACAGCUAGUGGUAAUCAGACUCAGAUAAUCCAAGCGCAACAGAUACUCGACGUUGAAGGUGCCAGUUUCCGCCGUAAUGCGGCUGCGGACGCAUCCUACCUGGUCUACAUAGGUGUCGGUAUGUUUAUUUGCACAUACGUUUAUAUGUAUGUAUGGGUAUAUACCGGUGAGGUGAAUGCAAAGAGAAUACGUGAACGCUAUCUUCAGGCCAUCCUCCGUCAAGAUAUUGCCUUUUUUGAUACCGUGGGCGCAGGAGAGGUAGCUACUCGUAUACAGACGGAUACUCACUUGGUUCAGCAAGGGAUGUCUGAAAAAGUGGCACUAGUAGUCAAUUUCCUGUCCGCUUUCGCCACCGGUUUUAUACUGGCAUAUAUCCGAUCAUGGCGACUUGCCUUAGCAUUGUCCUCAAUUUUGCCAUGUAUAGCGGUUACAGGAUCGGUUAUGAACAGAUUUGUUUCUAAGUAUAUGCAGUUAUCCCUCAAACAUGUCGCUGAUGGAGGAACGCUUGCAGAGGAAGUCAUCUCUACUGUUCGCACGGCCCAAGCUUUCGGAACUCAGAAAAUAUUGAGCGCUCUGUAUGACGGUCACAUCGAAGGAUCCCGUGUCGUUGAUUCCAAAGCUGCUAUUUGGCACGGUGGAGGAUUGGCAGUCUUUUUCUUCGUGAUUUACUCUGCAUAUGCUUUAGCUUUCGAUUUCGGUACGACUCUCAUUAAUGAUGGUCAUGCAAAUGCUGGCGAGGUUGUGAAUGUAUUUUUGGCUGUCUUGAUUGGUUCCUUCUCUCUUGCCUUGCUUGCACCAGAAAUGCAAGCUAUUACGCACGGACGUGGAGCAGCGGCUAAGCUGUUCUCAACGAUUGAGCGCGUGCCUGAUAUUGAUUCUGCAAAUCCUGGAGGCCUAAAACCCGAAAACGUUGUUGGGGAGAUUAUAUUCGAAAAUGUUAAAUUCAACUAUCCUUCCCGCCCUGACGUCAGGAUCGUCAAGGACCUUUCUAUAUCAUUCCCAGCUGGUAAGACAGCUGCACUCGUUGGCGCUUCUGGGUCUGGAAAGUCGACGGUUGUUUCAUUGAUCGAACGGUUCUACGAUCCCCUAUCUGGUUCAGUCAAACUGGAUGGGGUGGACGUUCGAGAGCUUAAUCUCAAAUGGCUUCGUUCCCAAAUUGGUCUUGUGUCACAGGAACCAACUCUGUUUGCAACAACCAUCAGGGGCAACGUCGAGCAUGGAUUAAUCAAUACUGUAUACGAGAACGCUCCUGCUGAAGAGAAGUUCAAGCUUAUCAAGGAAGCGUGUAUUAAAGCCAAUGCCGAUGGGUUCAUAACUAAGCUGCCCAUGGGAUACGACACCAUGGUAGGCGAGCGUGGAUUUUUGCUUUCUGGAGGCCAGAAGCAGCGCGUGGCCAUUGCUCGGGCUAUUGUUUCGGAUCCACGGAUACUGCUCCUUGAUGAGGCUACUAGUGCUCUCGAUACACAGUCGGAAGGUAUUGUGCAGGAUGCUUUAGACAAGGCAGCUGCAGGCCGUACAACUAUCACCAUCGCUCAUCGUCUGUCAACGAUCAAGGAUGCCAGCCGUAUAUUCGUCAUGGGCGAAGGCCUCGUUUUGGAGCAAGGUACACACGACGAACUUUUAAGCGACGAAAAUGGUGCAUACUCUCGUCUCGUUCACGCUCAAAAACUUCGUGAGCGCCGCGAGAAAGAGGCUGGUGAUGGCGACAGCGCUACUGCCGCUAGCGUUGAGGACGAAGAGGAUAUUGAGAAAGCUAUACAAGAAGAAGUGCCCCUUGGCAGAAAAAACACUAGUCAUUCUUUGGCGAGCGACAUCAUCAAGCAGAAGGAGGAAGAAAAGCGUGGAGUUGAUGAGAGUGAUGAUCUCACUCUUCCUUACCUCUUCAAACGUCUGGCUGGUGUAAACCGUGAGGGAUUGCAUAAGUAUUUACUAGGCGCUAUAUUUGCUUCUUUGACUGGCAUGGUAUAUCCGGUAUUCGGUAUUGUUUAUGGUUCAGCAAUAAAUGGUUUCUCGGUGCCGGACAAUGCCACUCGUCGGUUUGAUGGUGAUCGCAAUGCCCUGUGGUUCUUCGUUAUUGCCAUCAUCGCCUCAAUAUCUAUUGGUUUCCAGAAUUACUUAUUUGCUUCGGCCGCCGCAAUCCUUACCUCUAGACUGCGCUCUCUCACCUUCAAAGCUAUUUUGAGACAAGACAUCGAAUACUUCGAUAGGGAUGAAAACAGCACCGGUUCCCUUACUGCCAACUUGAGUGACAACCCUCAGAAAGUUAAUGGUCUUGCUGGUGUCACUCUCGGAGCAAUUGUGCAAAGUAUCGUCACUCUUGUCGGCGGUUCUAUCAUCGGUUUAGCAUAUGCCUGGAAGCCUGCUAUCGUUGGCAUGGCUUGUAUUCCCGUUCUAGUUUCCGCUGGGUAUAUUCGUCUGCAUGUCGUCGUGUUGAAGGACCAGAAAAAUAAGGCUGCCCACGAGAGCUCUGCUCAAUUAGCUUGUGAAGCCGCCGGAGCAAUUCGCACCGUUGCAUCUCUUACCCGAGAAAAUGACUGCCUCGAGCUUUAUAGCAAUAGUUUGGAAGAACCUCUCAGGAAGUCCAAUAGAACUGCAGUGUGGAGUAACCUUUUAUACUCGCUAUCCCAAUCUAUGUCGUUCUUCGUGAUUGCUCUUGUCUUCUGGUACGGUUCAACUCUGGUUUCGCGUCUAGAGAUCAACACUACCUCUUUCUUUGUGGCUCUCAUGAGCACAACUUUCGGAGCUAUCCAAGCAGGCAACGUUUUCUCCUUUGUACCUGAUAUCUCAUCCGCCAAAGGUGCUGGUUCUGCUAUCAUCAAGUUGAUCGACUCCCUCCCAGAGAUUGACGCCGAGUCACCUGAAGGCAAGAAAGUCGACACUGCAGCCGUCCAAGGAAGGAUUCGUUUCGAUAACAUCCACUUCCGAUACCCUACUAGGCCUGGUGUUCGCGUUCUCCGUGAUCUCUCAUUCAAAGUGGAGCCUGGCACUUACAUUGCGUUGGUUGGUGCUAGUGGAUCUGGCAAGAGUACUGUUAUCCAAUUGAUCGAGCGCUUCUACGAUCCAUUAGCUGGACAAAUAUACCUUGACAAUGAGCUCAUCAACGAGUUGAAUAUCCAGGAAUACCGGAAACAAAUCGCGUUGGUCUCACAGGAACCCACCCUUUACGCUGGCACAAUACGCUUCAAUAUUCUCCUCGGAGCUAUCAAGCCAGAGUCAGAAGUAACCCAGGAAGAGAUUGAAGAUGCUUGUCGGAAUGCAAACAUCCUUGAGUUCAUCCAGUCAUUACCCAAUGGUUUCGACACUGAAGUUGGUGGCAAGGGUUCCCAGCUCUCUGGUGGUCAAAAGCAACGUAUUGCCAUCGCUCGUGCACUUCUUCGUAACCCCAAGGUUCUCCUGUUAGACGAGGCGACUUCAGCUCUUGACUCCAACUCAGAGAAAGUUGUCCAGGCGGCUCUUGACCAAGCUGCGAGAGGUCGAACCACCAUUGCUAUUGCCCAUCGGCUUUCAACGAUUCAAAAUGCUGACUGCAUUUACUUCAUUAAGGAGGGACGAGUUAGCGAGUCAGGCACCCACGAUGAACUUCUCAAUCUCCGGGGAGACUAUUACGAAUAUGUUCAAUUACAGGCGCUGAGCAAGAAGUAGAUACCGACCUUAGAUGGACAAUACCAGAAACAAAAUCCCCUGUAUCACUUUUACAUAUUUACAUACAUACGGACCCUUUUAAUACAGCAGCCCAACUUGAUGAAUUAUUUACUUACGAUUGGUACAUGUACGAUUUUGACCGUUGACGUAUAUACGAUUAUAUCACUUUUCUUUUUGAUAGCUCAUGCAAUCCAGCUCUAGAUUCUUUGAAACUU